AGAAAAAAAGAAAAGAAAAAGAAAAAGAAAAACAGGGAGAGAGGGGGGGGAGCAGAGUACCGAAGCAGCUUCCAGCUAGAGACAGACUGACAGAGAGUGAUAGAGAUUCUUAGUUUACUCAGAUCUGAAGUUUUUGUAAUUUAAUCGAAAUCCAAAGAAAAACCCAUUCUUAUCAGUAUCCAAAGAGUAAACCAAAAUGGAUGCAUUGAGGAAACAAGCCAGCAAGUUGAGAGAACAAGUUGCCAAGCAACAACAGGCUGUCAUAAAGCAGUUCAGCAGUACUGGUUAUGAAAGCUCAGAUGUUAUGGUUAUUGAUGAAGUUGAGAUGCACAGACAUCAGCAACUAGAGAAGAUGUACUCAUUGACUCGUGCAGGGAAGGAUUUUCAGAAGGAUAUCCUUAAAGCAGCAGAAUCCUUUACGGCCAUAGGGUACAAACAUGUUGAAGCAGGAACCAAGUUGUCAGAGGAUUGCUGCAGAUAUGGAACUGAGAACAUCAAUGAGAACAUACUGGCUAAGGCUGCAGCUAUAUAUGGUGAUGCUCAUAAACAUGUGGAACAGGAGCAGGAAGACUUGAAUCGCCUGUUAUUUUCACAGAUUUUAGAUCCCUUGAGAGCAAUGAUUACUGAUUCUCCUUUGGAAGAUGCACGCCAUCUUGCUCAACGAUAUAGUCGGAUGAGACAAGAAGCAGAAACACAGGCUGCAGAGCUUUCCAGAAGACAAGCACGAGUACGGGAAUCACCAAUUCCUGAAAAUAUUGCAAGGCUGCAUGCAGCAGAAGCAAAGAUGCAAGAAAUAAAGGCAAAUAUGGCAGUUCUCGGUAAAGAAGCGGCGGCUGCAUUGGCUGCUGUUGAAGCACAACAGCACAGAUUGACUUUCCAACGGCUUGUUGCCAUGGUUGAAGGAGAAAAAAAUUAUCAUCUGAGAAUUGCUGCUAUUCUUAGUGAGGUUGAAGCUGAGAUGGUCUCAGAGAAACAGCAAAAAGAGUCUGCCCCUCCAGUGAUUCUGCUUCCUGUUAUUCCAUCAGAGAAUGGUUCAGAGAAAACCACAUACUUUCUGGCUGAAGCAACACAUCUUUUCAUUGCCGAAACAGAGAAGGAGCUGAGCUUGGCAGUGGGUGACUGCAUUGUUGUGAGAAAGGUGAGUCCAACUGGGUGGUCAGAAGGAGAAUGUAAAGGUAAAGCUGGGUGGUUUCCAUCAGCAUAUGUGGAGAAGCGCCAGAGGAUGUCCACCAGUUUGGCUGCUCAAGCUUACUAAGUCUCAACUGUGCUUUGUGGUUUGUUCUUUGUUCCUCCAAAUUCUGGAAUUGCUGCUCAUCGUCAACAAGGAGAUGUCAAGGGGGAAGAAGAAAAGGAACCCUCCAAUUCUUGUGCUAUAUCAAGGCAAAGUACUUUCGAUUGUAUAUUCUCUUUUUAAACACAAAAUAAAUAGCAUAGAGAUGUAUAUAAGCAUUAUUAAGCCUUUCAUCUGAGAUGCCACGUAAUGUUUGCCCAUUUUCUAGAUAAAGUGCAUGAAAAAUAUAAUUUUCUUUAAUAUUA